UGAACGUCGAGUUCGCUAGCCCAGUUUUAUUCACCGUCGAACCAUUGAACUCGGAAGUUUAAGGUAAUCAGCUUGCAGUGUUUAAACGAAAGUUGCAGGACUAGAAGCAAAUGGAUGCCAUACUACUCGAGCGGGAGCGUGUUCUGUUCCGAAUGAAUGAGGAAAUAAAUGCCAAAUCCAGGGGAUUGUUCGAGCUGAAUGAAAAUGCCAGCUGGAUGAGUACCAAAAGGCGCAUGAGAAAUAACAUUCGUAAGUUAAAUAACCAUUCGAUUAUCACCGAUGAUUCGGAAACCACAUCCGGCGAUGGAGGCAACAAAGAAAAUGACAGUGAUCCGAUCACCACUCCUUCCGAUACCGAAACUGAACUCAAUGAAAGCUCACAAUAUACGGAAAAUAUUUUUCACGAUAGCGAAAAAGAUUCUAACUCGUCGGAUGGAGUACAGCAGGAUCUUCAGGUUGUUAAAAUGAGCGAUAAAAAAAUUAACAAUAAAACCGUUGUCAAGCAGACCGCCAGUGCCAAAAAUGUGAACAAGAAUAUGGCCGAUGUGGUACCGAAAGUUUUGGAAAAGAAAAAUAUCAGCUCAGAAGGAUUAAUCAAGUUUCUCAAGUCCAAGGUGGCAAUUAUUCAAACGGAACUGGAAACCGUUCAGAAGCAAAAUGAAGCAAAUGUAAAAGAUCUGAAUUUAGCCUUGGAUCGAUUGAAACAAAUGGAUAACUUCAAAGAGCAAUUGUUGACCAAGAAUUCAGCUUUGGAAAGAACAGUUAAAAGGUUUGAAGAUCGUAAUUUAGAACUAGACAAGUUAGUAAAGGAAAAGGAAGUGCACAUUCUGAACAAUGCAAAAGAGCUGUCAACUGCUCGUACAGAGAUUCGCUGUUUGACCCAAAACAAUCAGAAUCUGGAAAAGAAGUUGUUCAAAGCUCAGGAAGACAUUGACGGUCUUAAAAUUAAAUUGACUAUUGCUAACGAUGCUGAAAAGGAGACCCGAGAUGCAGCACGUCAGGAGCGAUUGACCUACGAAAAACAGAUUAAGCAAUUGAGGAAACAAAGAGGUGAGGUGUUGGCUGACUACAAGAAACUGCUGCUGGCCGUAGAUCAGAUGAAGAAGCAAAACUUCCACAUGGACCAAGCACGCCUCAUGAGCGACUUCGAGAAGGAUUACUUCAGACAUCUAGAGGAUGGCUCAUCCGUUUCUAUCUCCCCAUAAACAAUGUGUUUUACAUUCUUAAGAAAAGUUAUCUCAUUUAAAACGUGUUUGAAAAAUAGUUUAGGAACAUUGUGAAACUCUUUUACGAUUGUAGAAACUGACUGAACCAAAGAAAAAAGUGUUGUUUUCGAAUAGCAAUGUAGUGCCAUAAAUAAAGCAAUAUGCAAACGUAGCAAAAA